UAUGUUACCACGGCAACGUACCCCGAUAAAAAGUAAACCACCUUCAUGGUACAGAAAACCCAGCAGGGUUAACCUGAAGUGACCUCACUGAGCCCAGAUCAGCUGCAGGUACAGGCCUCAGGUAGCCCUAACCCAAACACCUGAGGACCCUAACACCUGAGGACCCUAACACCUGAGGACCCUAACACCUGAGGACCCUAACACCUGAUGACCUUAACACCUGAGGACCCUAACACCUGAUGACCCUAACACCUGAUGACCCUAACACCUGAUGACCCUAACACCUGAUGACCCUAACACCUGAGGACCCUAACACCUGAUGACCCUAACACCUGAUGACCCUAACACCUGAGGACCCUAACACCUGAUAACAGAGCAGAUCAGACCAACUGAGAGGAGCACAGAGUAACGCAGCAGCUGUGUCAGGUUUCCUGUGAAGAUGCGGCAGUGAGCGUGCUCAGCGCUGAGCGUUACCAUGGCGAUAUACAGCGGCGGCCAGGCGUGCGCCGGGCAGGAAAACUGCUCCACCAACAACGAGUCCAAAGACUACUGCUACUCCGCCCGCAUCCGCAGCACCGUGCUGCAGGGCCUGCCCUUCGGAGGCGUGCCCACCGUGCUCGCCCUCGACUUCAUGUGCUUCCUGGUGCUGCUCUUCGUCUUUUCCAUUUUGAGGAAGGUGGCGUGGGAUUACGGCCGCCUGGCACUCGUCACCGAUGCAGACAGACUGAAGAAGCGUUUCAGCGACUUGGAGGAGCGGGAAUACGUUGCCUCGGCGAUGCACUCGGAGACGCCGGACCGCUACGAGCGCCUCACCUCCGUCUCCAGCUCCGUGGACUUCGACCAGCGAGACAAUGGCUUCUGCUCCUGGCUAACAGCGAUCUUCAGAAUAAAGGACGAGGAGAUCCGGGAGAAGUGCGGCGAGGACGCCGUGCACUACCUGUCCUUCCAGCGGCACAUCAUCGGGCUGCUGGUGGUGGUGGGCGUCCUGUCCGUCGGCAUCGUCCUGCCCGUCAACUUCUCCGGAGACCUGCUGGAAAACAACGCCUACAGCUUCGGACGGACCACGAUAGCCAACCUGAAGUCCGGGACCAACCUGCUGUGGCUCCACACCUCCUUCGCCUUCAUGUACCUGCUGCUGACCGUCUACAGCAUGAGGAGACACACGUCCAAGAUGCACUACAAGGAGGACGACCUGGUCAAACGCACUUUAUUCAUCAACGGCAUCUCCAAGUACGCCGAGGAGAACCACAUCAAGCAGCACUUUGAACAGGCGUAUGAGAACUGCACCGUGCUGGAGGCUCGUAUCUGUUACAACGUGGCCAAACUGAUGUCUCUGAACGCAGAGAGGAAGAAGACUGAGCGCAGUAAGAAGUUCUUCACUGAUCUGAUGGCGAAGGAGCACAUGCCCACCAUGAUCAACCCCAAACCCUGUGGUCACCUGUGCUGCUGUGCCAUCACCGGCUGUGAGGAGGAGGAGGCCGUCAGCUUCUACACCAAGAGAGAGGCCAAGCUGAAGGAGGAGUACAGGAAGGAGAAGGAGAAGGUCAACACCAAGCCGCUGGGCAUGGCCUUCGUCACGUUCCAGAACGAGGCCAUGACCGCCAUCAUCCUGAAGGACUUCAAUGCCUGCCAGGUGCAGGGCUGCCGCUGCCGGCAGGAGCCGCGCUCGUCCCAGUUCAGCGAGAGUCUGCACGUCUACAACUGGAGUGUGUCGUACGCCCCGGACCCCCAGAACGUCCGCUGGGAGAACCUGUCUCUGGGCGGGAUCUCCUGGUGGAUCCGCUGCCUCAUCAUCAACUGCAUCCUCUUCAUCCUGCUCUUCUUCCUCACCACGCCCGCCAUCAUCAUCUCCACCAUGGACAAGUUCAACGUCACCAAGCCGGUGGAGUACCUCAAUAACCCGAUCGUCACUCAGUUCUUCCCCACCCUGCUGCUCUGGGCGUUCUCUGCCCUGCUGCCCACCAUCGUCUACUACUCCGCCUUCUUCGAAGCUCACUGGACCAGGUCAGGGGAGAACAGGACGACGAUGCACAAGUGCUACACCUUCCUGAUCUUCAUGGUUCUGCUGCUGCCGUCGCUCGGCCUCAGCAGCCUGGACGUGUUCUUCCGCUGGCUCUUCGACAAGAAGUUCCUGGCCGACGCCACCGUCAGAUUCGAGUGCGUCUUCCUGCCUGACAACGGUGCGUUCUUCGUGAACUACGUCAUCGCCUCGGCCUUCAUCGGGAACGCCAUGGACCUGCUGCGGAUCCCCGGCCUGCUCAUGUACAUGAUCCGGCUGUGCCUGGCCCGCUCCGCCGCCGACCGCCGCAACGUCAAGAGGCACCAGGCCUAUGAGUUCCAGUUCGGGGCGGCGUACGCCUGGAUGAUGAACGUCUUCACCGUGGUGAUGGCCUACAGCAUCACCUGUCCCAUCAUCGUGCCCUUCGCGCUUCCUCGUCACUUCCUCCUCUCUGCUGAUUGGUUCAUGUGUUCAUGUCUGAUGUACAUGCUGCUGAAGCACCUGGUGGACAGGUACAACAUGUACUACGCCUACCUGCCCUCCAAACUGGACAAGAAGAUCCACUCUGGAGCCGUGACGCAGGUGGUGGCCGCGCCCAUCCUCUGCCUCUUCUGGCUGCUCUUCUUCUCCACCGUGCGCACAGGGUUCGUGACGCCGACCUCCAUGUUCACGCUGGUGGUCCUGAUCGUCACCAUCGUGGUCUGCCUGUCCCACAUCUGCUUCGGACACUUCAAGUACCUCAGCGCACACAACUACAAGAUCGAUACGAAGGAGAACGACGUGGACGGAGUGGAAAAUGGCCGUCCUGCUCGCUCCUCUUCCUCUCCCACUAAUAAAUCUCAGCAGCAGCAGCAGCAGCAGAUGUACAUCGCCCAGGUCCUGCAGGAUCCCAACUCGGACGAGCCGGGCGGCGGCAGCGGCGAGGAGGACCGGGGCUCGUCCCAGGACGAGGAGAUGCUGAACGGAGGAAACAGCAUCAACGAGGCCGACUUCCAGUCGGGGGAGGACAGUCUGAUCGCCAACGAGGUCCACCAGUAGCUGCAGGAGGGGGGCGGGGCUAAAGGCCAGAGAGCAGGAGGCAUCACAUCCACACAAACAGGAACACAACACACACACACAUUUCUUUGGAAAACUGGUACUCACACACACACACACACACACACACACACCUGAGCUCAGCGGGCUCUGGAGCCUCAGACUGAUUCAGAGCGCUGUGAUGUCUGGUUGGCCCCGCCCCCUCCCAGCCCGGCGCCAGGUCGCUCGGUCUGCACACGUGUGGGAGCUUCCUGGGAUCAAACGUGCGACACGCAGACUGACGCUGUACAUAACCACAAAGCCAAACGUCUCUCUGUCCUCCGUGCUGGGCGGGGCCACGCCGUGCUGGGCGGGGCCACGUCGCGCUGGGCGGGGCCACGUCGUGCCCGGCUCCACCUUCAGUUUCGUCUCUGUCCAUCUUCACUCGUGUCUUCACUCCUGAUCCCACGCCGGGUCACCUGGACUGCACCUGGCCGAGGGAGCCGCCGCUCACAAACACAGACACAGACACAAAGGCUUUGGCUCGGCCCGGCUCUGCUCGGCUCGGCCCGGCUCUGCUCUGCUCGGCCCGGCUCUGCUCGGCUCGGCUCGGC